AUGGAUACAUCGAAUCUUUUUAAACCAUUGAAAAUCGGCAAUUUAGUCGUGCAGCAUCGUAUAGGGAUGGCCCCACUUACUCGCCUCCGUGCAACAGACGAUCGUGUACCUCUACCACUUAUGGCCGAAUAUUACGGUCAGCGGUCUGCUGCACCUGGUACCUUACUGAUCAGCGAGGGCACAUUAAUUUCGUAUGAAUCUUGUGGUGGAUUUUCCAAUGCACCUGGCAUAUGGAACGAAAAACAGAUUGCAGGAUGGCGGUCAGUCACCGACAAAGUCCAUGAGAAAGGAAGCUUCAUCUUCUGCCAGAUCUUUGCUAUGGGGCGGGCUGCAGAUGAGGAGUUAUCUAAAAAGGAUGGAGUUGAUAUUUUAGGCCCAAGCCCUAUUCCUAUGGACGAAACCGCGCCAAUACCACGCUCUAUGACACUCGACGAGAUUAAGAAAACAGUCCAAGAUUUUGCAACAGCUGCACAAAACGCAAUGCUUGCAGGCUUUGACGGUGUCGAAGUCCAUGGUGCAAAUGGCUACCUAAUUGACCAAUUCAAUCAGGAUAACAGCAAUCAGCGUCAUGAUAAGUACGGUGGGAGUGUCGAAAAUAGAUCUCGCUUCAUAGACGAAAUUAUGAAGGCUGUCGUUGCUGUUAUAGGGCCAGAACGAGUCGGCCUUCGCCUUAGCCCCUGGAGCUUAUUUCAGGGAAUGAAAAUGACAAAUCCAAUUCCGCAAUUUACGGAUAUCAUCAAGAAGGCCAGUAAGCUGAAUCUGGCUUAUCUCCACCUCGUGGAAUCUCGCAUAUCUGGCAGCCAUGACUGCGAAGGCAGCGAAACACUGGAAUUCGCUUAUAAACUCUGGAACAGACCGCUUCUGAUAGCUGGUGGGUAUAAAUUGGACGAUGCCAGAAAGUUAGUCAAUAAGUAUCCUUACAAGGACAUUGUUCUUAUGUAUGGGAGGUACUUUAUUGCAAACCCAGAUCUGGUGUAUAAGGUCAAAGAAGGAUUGCAAUUUACUGAUUACAAACGCGAGAUGUUCUAUACAGGGCAUGCAUUGGGAUAUACCGAUUAUCCAUUUAGCCCACAGUAUCUUGAAAGCCAGAAUGCUGAAACUGUUCCAACAUGA